ACACAAAUCCCGCCCUUCCUCUUCUUCUAGAAAACCCUAACGACGGUGCAAUUGAAAUCGACCACAAUCUCCGUCGACCGGAAACCAUACCGGUUAUCUCAACAUCUUCUUGACCUAAUUCUCCGUUUAAGCAGAUCCAGAUUUUCACAGAAACCAACAUUUCGUAGUGUAAAAUGGAACCUUAUAUAAGCAGAAGAGAUGAUUUUGUUAGAGGAAUGAAACAUAUAGAAGAAGAAGAUCAUGGAGGUGGUGGCAAUGAUUUUGAACUGGAUCAACUCUUCCUUGUACAUUCUGAUAUUAGAUCUGUUCUUCUCCAGAUUGAUGAGCUUGUUGUUGAAGCCACAAAGCGAAAGACCGUAAGCAAACACGGGUUAAGAGAAGUUGAAUCUUUCAGAUUUGUGUUGUCUGAUAUGCUUUCCUCACUAAAGCCAUGGUUUCCUCGAUUGGAAGAAGCGAUGUCUGAUUUUCAGUUGCUUCCGGAGGAUCAGGAAGAACAGUCUUUGAUGAACACAAACGAAGAAGAAGAUUUGUUUGAUGUUGAGAGUCCUGAGCCUACUCAAUUUGAGCCCUUAGUCUCUCCUUCUCCUCUCGUGCAUUGGCGUGGUGAUCAUAACACAGACAAGGGUAGACAACUCUUUCUUUUGACACCACUACCUUUAGGAAAAUCUGAAUUCCUUAAACAUCAGAAUGCGUCUAAGCUGACAGCUAAAAGGAUUUUCCCAGACGCUACUGCAAAUAAAUCGCUUGAAGCUUCUAAAGAAACAAGUGAUGAUGUUUUAGGAGGUAAGUCGAUGAAAACUGCAGGAUUUGGUAACUCUUUAGGCCAUGACAUGGAUUUCUCUAAGAAUUUGGUAGAGUAUGAGCCAUUUUCUUCACCAGUUCUCAGGAGAAAAGUUCAGUCUGAGCUUCUAAUGACACCUUGCUUGAAGAUGUCGCCUCCGAAAUCUUGUACAAUGUUUAAACCGGUUCCUGAAUCUUCUCAACUGGGAAAGCAUGGGGCUUGUAAGUCUACCUGCUCUGAAUUGGGAGCUAGCACUUCUAAUGGUUCACAGAGCUCUGGAUCCUCUGGUAUUGAAACAACAGACAAUCUCUGUUCGAAGUAUCCUGAGCUCUUGGGAAUGCAACAUGCUCCAAUUACAAGAAAAACGGAUCUUGAGUCUUCGCCGGUUUGGUGGUUUUCUCCUCCUAAAACAUGUGUUUUAAUGGAGCCUGUGAAUGAGAAGAAACCAAUUGAUGAAACUGGUGGAUCCAGAAUGGUAUCCUCAUUUGAUCUGCCAAACAUUAAUCCAGAAGCAAAACACACUACAGACCGAAACAUGUCAAUGGUGGUUGAGAGUACUCCAUUGUUUAAAGAACCAGAGAGCAUAAUGACAAAAGCAGGUGAGAAUACUUUGAAGAAAGAGCUAUGGACAAGAUUUGAAGAAGCAUCAAUUCAUGAUAGUCGGUUUAGUUCGAUGACAACAACAACGAUGAGAGGAAAUAAGCAGAAAGAGUUCAUGGAAAUGUUAGAGGAAAAAGAUAGAAAACACAAGAUCGGGAUGAUUAUGGCUCCAAAGACCUCAACUACACUUGCUUUAUUCCUUGUUAUCAAUAUUCUCUUCCUCAACCUCAUUAUCCCGGUUUUCGCAGAAAAUACUUGCCCCAGAGACGCUCUCAAACUUUCCACAUGCGCGAAUGUUCUCAACCUCAUUAACUUGAAUCUCGGGGCACGAGCUAUGAGACCUUGUUGCUCUAUUCUCUUUGGUCUAAUUGAUCUCGAUGUUGUGGUUUGCCUUUGCACCGCGCUGAAGCUCAGCCUUCUUGGCAUCACCAUCGACACUCCUAUUCAUCUUAACUUGGCCCUUAACGCCUGUGGAGGUACCCUUCCCGAUGGAUUCCGUUGCCCAACAUAGCUACAAUAUAUUCAUAUUUUCUAUGUAUGUUCUUGUAUUGGUUUUGUCUGGCAUCAAAAUUCAAACCUAAAUUCAUGUCUAAGCAAUUAACGAAUAAGAUUAAGACUUGUAUGUUGAUGUGAUACAUAUAUUGUACUUUUCAAAACACAAUACAUAAUUGUGUCAAAA